CGGGGCUCGGGGGCUCCGAGCUGGCGGCGGCUCGGGGAGCAGAAGCCGGGCCGGCUUGGGCCGGGGCGGGGCGCCCGUCCCUUCCUCCGGCCAGCCCCGCCAUGCAGGGCCCCGCCGGCAACGCGAGCCGCGGGCUGACGGGUGGGCCGCCCCCCACGGCCUCGGCCGGGACUGGCGAGCGGGGCUGCGAGAACGGCGCCUUCAUGGACAGCUUCGGCAUCUUCCUGCAGGGGCUGCUCGGAGUCGUGGCCUUCAGCACCUUAAUGCUCAAACGCUUCAGAGAACCAAAGCAUGAAAGGCGUCCAUGGAGGAUAUGGUUUCUAGACACUUCAAAACAAGCCAUAGGAAUGUUGUUCAUCCACUUUGCGAAUGUCUAUUUAUCAGACCUUACUGAAGAGGACCCUUGUUCACUGUAUCUUAUCAACUUCCUCCUGGAUGCCACCCUGGGGAUGCUGCUUAUCUACGCAGGUGUGCGAGCUGUUAGUGUUCUGGUGGAGUGGCAACAAUGGGAGUCCCUUCGAUUUGGCGAAUAUGGAGACCCGCUGCAGUGUGGUGCCUGGGUUGGGCAGUGUGCUCUGUACAUCGUGAUCAUGGUGUUUGAGAAAACCAUCAUCAUCAUCGUCCUCCUGAUACCUCAGUGGAAAAAGGUAGCUCUUUUGAAUCCUAUUGAGAACCCCCAGCUGGAACUGGCCAUCGUCAUGCUGAUAGUCCCUUUCUUCGUCAAUGCAUUAAUGUUUUGGGUUGUGGAUAAUUUCCUUAUGAAAAAGGGAAAGACAAAAGCCAAGCUAGAAGAAAAAGAAGCCAGCUUGGACUCAAGAAAUGGAAGCAAAGUCCGGUACAGGCGGGCUGCAUCCCAUGAAGAGUCAGAGUCUGAAAUUCUGAUGUCUGCUGAUGACGAGAUGGAAGACUCAGAUGCAGAUGAAGACCUUCGAAGACUUACCAACCUGAAGCCUGUGAAAAAAAAGAAACACCGAUUUGGGCUGCCCGAGGCCCCCAUCAAAAAGAAAAGACCUCCCGUGAAGGAAGAGGACCUGAAGGGAGCCCGGGCUACCCUCUCUAAGAACCAAGAGAUCAAAUCCAAGACCUACCAGGUCAUGCGAGAAUGUGAGCAAGCUGGCUCAACUGCCCCAUCUGUAUUCAGCCAAAGUCGGACGGGAGGAGAGACUGUCUUUGAGAAGCCCAAGUCUGGACCCCCCAAGAGUGUCUUUGGCUAAAGGAACUCCGUGCUGCUUCCUGGCCCCGUUCAUCUCCACCCCACCUCACAUGUGAAUGCCAGCUCCAGCCCUGUCAUGGACAGAAAAGCAAACACCUUUUUUUUUUCUAGGGAAUUUUGUUAAUACAUAAAAUGUCCACUACUUUUUUCCUUGAAGUACAGGGCCCAGUACAGGAAGUACUUUUUUCCUUGAAGUACAGGAGCUGGGCUCUGGAUCCAGGGUCUUAGCCUCCUACUUCCCGUGAUUGCCCAGAGUGAGCCCUACAAACACAAGGAUGUGUGAAAACCUUUGAAUCAUCAAUAAAUCAAAGUAAUAAGAGCUGUUUGGGGGCACUGUUCUCUCCUGCCCUUGGUCCAGACCCGGAUUGUGGUCUAAGUGACAGGGCAGUAGGAGAGAAGGCUUCAAACGUGUGUAGACCUCUUUACGGGGAAAUCUGUUGCUACUAUUUGGCCCCAGCCCCAGCCCCUUCCAUCCUCACCCCCAAUCAUCUACUUUCUCCUCCAUAUUGUUGCUGAAUCCCCCGCCAUACAGAGGCCCCCCCCCUCAGGCCAUUGGGGGUAGGGUCUGCACAGAGAAGAUGACACAAGCCCUCCCCCCAGCAGCUCCCGGUCUGGCCACAAAGCCAAGACUCACACCUGAGCACAAUAAAGGAUAAAUUGAUGUGUGA